GUCAGUCCGCGCCACAUCUCAUUAAAGAUCCCCGCCAGCGCCGCGAUCACACGGCCGACACUCCAGCCUGGAACAGCUGAUCCACAACAGAUAACCCGGCCAGCGGGAGAAGAAGACGGUUUAGUCUGAGGAUUCUAUUGGUGACUUUAAACCCGACUCAACGCGGGGAGCGUGUAUUAUUAUCAAGAGGAUUAAACUUCUGGAGGGCAAACAUACCAUGGAGGUCGCAGCGGCAGAUCAGUCUCGGUGGAUGGCGCACCAUCACGCCGUGCUCAACGGCCAGCACCCGGACUCGCACCACCACAGCCUGGGCCACAACUACAUGGAGCCCAUGGCGCCUUUGCUGCCCCAAGACGAGGUCGACAUGUUCCUGAACCACUUGGACUCUCAAGGGAAUCCUUACUACACCAACUCCCGGGCCAGGGUCACCUACAGCCAAGCGCACGCUCGUCUCACUGGGAACCAGGUCUGCCGGCCACACCUCAUCCACAGCCCCGGCAUUCCCUGGCUGGACCCCGGCAAGGCGGCCCUGUCCGCCGCCCACCACCACAACGCCUGGGCGGUGAGUCACUUCAGCAAACCCGGCCUGCACCCGACCAGCUCCGGCUACCCGUGCAGCAGCAACACCGGCACGGCUCCGGUGUCCUCCCUCACGCCGGCGAGCCACUCCAGCCCGCACCUCUACAGCUUCCCCCCUACCCCGCCCAAAGACGUGUCCCCGGACCCGGGCCCCACCUCCCCCACCUCCACGUCGACCAGGAUGGACGAGAAGGAGUCGCUCAAGUACCAAAUGCCGCUGUCGGACAGUAUGAAGAUGGAGAGCUGCAGCCCGCUGCGCGGCGGCUUGGCCUCCAUGAACGGCCAGGGCCAGGCCACGCACCACCCGAUCCCCACCUACCCGGGCUACCCCCUGCACACGCCGCAUGAGUACAGCGGGAGUCUCUUCCACCCCGGUAGUCUGCUCGGCUCGUCGUCCAGCUUCACGCCCAAAUGCAAAAGCAAAGCCCGGUCGAGCUCAGAAUUAUACGCAGAGGGCCGUGAGUGUGUGAACUGCGGCGCCACCUCCACCCCUCUGUGGCGACGGGACGGCACCGGCCACUACCUGUGCAACGCCUGCGGACUCUACCACAAGAUGAACGGCCAGAACCGACCGCUCAUCAAGCCCAAACGCAGACUGUCCGCUGCACGCCGUGCAGGCACCUGCUGUGCCAACUGCCAGACCACCACCACCACCCUGUGGAGGCGUAACGGGAAUGGAGACCCGGUGUGUAACGCCUGUGGACUUUACUACAAACUGCACAAUGUCAACAGACCGCUGACCAUGAAGAAAGAAGGCAUCCAGACACGCAACCGCAAGAUGUCCAGCAAGUCCAAGAGGAACAAGAGAUCCGGGGACGGCUUCGAAGAGCUGUCCAAGUGCAUGCAGGACAAGGCCUCUCCCUUUGGCGCUGCCGGCGGCCUCAGCAGCCACAUGACCCACAUGGGUCACUUACCCCCCUUCAGCCACUCAGGACACAUGCUGCCCACUCCCACGCCCAUUCACCCUUCAUUCGGCCACCCCCACCACACUAACCGCUCGCCGGUUUGGGCGGAGCCUCACUGAACUCCUCUUCCUGUCUGACCCACCGUGUUGCCAUUACCAUUAAAGCCCCCCCCCCAGCCCCCUAAACCCCUCCAUAAUAAGGCGGAAGCUGAGCAGACUUGUACAGUUGUUGGACCGGAGCGGCGCUCACUUGGACUUUGAUAACUGCGGGUUGAGUCGAUGGGACGAAGCAGAGACUCUGUGAAGAGCUUGGCAUUUUUUUCCGGGGAUUGAUCGGCAUUGCGUGUCAUUCUUUUGGCUCGGUCUUCCCCAAGUCACGUCGGUACCCGCCUCACCUCAACCCUGUAGCAGGAACCCUUAUUUUCUGAGAUAAGCCAGAACUACUGUGGACAGCAGCUCCAGUACCGCUGAAACAAGGCAGUAGACCCAGGUCGCCGUACCCAUGAACCCCGUCCUCCCUUCACAUGCUGGAUUGUGCACCGACAACGUUCAACUGUUUUUAAAAGACGGCCUUUUAUGGAGGGGAAAAAAAACAAACAAAAAAAAACGACAGUAAAUAGAGUGUUUAUAAAUACUUAAUUGCUAUUAUGGUUGUUAUAUUUGAUGUUAUAAUUAUUGCUACGAUAAUUUAUUUUCACUCUUUUAAGCUUUUGGUCAAAGACGUAUGGAAAUUGUUCGGAUUUUGGUUCCAUUGUUACCACGCAAAAGGAAAAUGACGACUUAUAGAUGAAAAGUCUCCUGAGCUGUACGUUUUUAUCAUUUUCCAUCUCACAAAAGUGAAGAAAAUAAAGUUUAUUACUUAAA